GGCCUAGACUGCGGAUCAGUUAGGUCCAAUCGAUGUUUGUAUUUUGAAACGUUUUACCAGAGUUUUAUUAACUCUGUCUUGCUCAUAUAGUCUUAGACCUAAUGGCCAUGUCUGGCUAAGAUGAAGACUGACUGAGCGCUUCUGGAGCAGCAGGAUUAACAACGUCUUUGUAGGAAAUCUCAAAACAAAGUGAAGUUAUUGGACUUCAGUAGCUCGGAGUUCUGACAACGAGCUCUUUAGCUACCGUGCGCCUCAUGGAGGACUAAACAUUUCUGAAAAAGCACCAACACACGACAGCAGCCGAAGGAAGGCUAAUAAUCGGAGAUGGAGACUGGAUCCGACAACAGCCUGCCGUUUGGACAGGGUGCUUCCGCUUUCGGCAGCGAGGACGGGGACGUGGAGGAUGUUAUUCCAGAAAGAAGACUGUCUCUUGAUCUGAGACACUGGGAACCAACAGACAGAUAUGAUGUAGAAAGAGCUGCAUCACCUGCCCCAAGUUAUGUGUCAAUGCACAGUGAUGACUGGUCCUUCAACAUGUUGGAGGAGGCUGAUGAAGAAGCUCCACUUGGUGUUGCUACACGGGUCCAACUGGAGAGAGCAAACUCUUCAGCAUCAAGCAGCUUCUCAUUUAACAGCGAUGAGGGAGUGGAAGGCGAGAGCAAACCUGAACGAAAGUCACGGAAAAAAUCUUGCAGCCAACCAAGUGCUGCUCCUCCUCUUCCAAAACCAGAGUUACAAAAAGAUCCUAAUGAGAAGCGGCACCCUGCACUUACUGUUGAUUUCACUUUCAAGGCCCUUCAAAGCUGCCUGCAGAAACUCACUGCAGAUGAGUUAAAAAUCUUCAAACGAAACUUAUGGGAGCGCUACCCAGAGUGCUUUCGAGAUCCACUAGAUGGCUUGGAUAUAGUUGACGUGGUAGAUAAAAUGCUAGAGAUCUGUGACAUUGAAGUGUCCCUGAAGAUCACACAGAUAGUCCUGAGAGAAAUGAACUUAAAGAAGGUGGCUGACUACCUGCAAGGGCUGUGUAAAAGAAAUGAAGUCCGUUAUGAGUUGAAAGUGACUCUGAAAAGGAAAUACGAGAACAUUUAUGAAAGUCUGGCCCAGCAAGGACAACAGACCCUUUUUGACUCUGUUUACACAGACAUCCACAUUACAGAUGGUGCAAAUGCUGCAAUAAACAGUGAGCACGAGUAUAGGCAGAUAGAGGAGCUCCAGGAGUGUGGCCGUGGCCAGAAAGAGGUGGUUUUUUGCAAGGACAUCUUCAGCCCUGAGGUUGUGAAGUCAAGGCAUGUGAGGACAUUGUUAACUAAAGGCAGUCCAGGGAUUGGGAAAUCAUCUGUAGUUCAGAGGUUUAUUCUAGACUGGGUAGAAGGGAAAGCGCACCAUGACGUGUUCUUUCUAAUCCCUUUGCCGUUCAAGGAGUUGAACCAGAUGGCAGAUGACACAAUAGGCUUCAUGGAUUUAAUCUGCAGGCUCUACCCAGAAAUGAAGGAAGUAGAUACCCUUGACUUUGACGACUGCCGUGUGAUGUUCAUCUGUGAUGGCCUGGACGACUGCACGGUUCCCAUUGACUUUCGCAGAACUGCAUACUGGUGUGAUCUCAAUCAACCAACGACACUAAAAAUUUUAAUCACCAAUCUGAUCAGGGGAAAUCUAAUGUACUCUGCCUAUGUUUGGGUCACCACACGACCUGUGUCAAUCAACCUCAUCCCUGCGGAAUGCAUCCACCAGUUACAUGAGGUUCGUGGGUUUACAAAUGAACAGAGGGAAGCUUAUUUCAGGAAGGUAAUCACAAACAAAGAGCUUGCAGAGAGAGUGAUUGCUCAUAUCAAGUCCUGCAAGACGCUCUACUUGAUGUGCCACAUGCCACAGUUCUGCUGGGUGGUGCACAACGUGCUUCAGAGAGAUCUCCAAAACCUGCCAGCAGGGACAGAGCUCCCCAAGGCAAUUACUCAUUUCUACACCAACCUGCUGCUGAUGCACAUUGGCAUGCGCAGCCAGAGAAUGCAAAACAACUCAAAAGAAGAGCCUGUUCUUAGUGAUCAGGAUUUCCUCAUGAAGCUUGGGAAGAUGGCCUUCCAGUUACUGGAGAAGAAUGUGUUCAGGAUCGAGAAAGAGCACUGGACAGAAUAUGGUUUGCACGUCCGAGACGCUGUGGUCAUUGCAGGCCUCUGCACGCAAUUCUACAGAGAGAAGUUUGUGAUGUAUCAAGAGAAAGUAGACUGCUUCAUUCAUCCGACUUUGCAGGAAUACAUAGCUGCUCUUUAUGUUUUCCUUUCUUUCAAGAACCAUGGGAAGAACGUUCUAGAAGGUCACAAGUUCAAAAUGUUCUCUUCAAAGGAGGCCUCUCUGGUGGAGCUGCAUAAAAGUGCUAUAGACAAAGCACUGCACGCCAAAAAUGCUAACUAUGACAUCUUCCUGCGUUUCCUCCUGGGUAUGUCAGUGGAGGCCAAUCAGGACUUGCUUAGGAGCGUCCUUUCCAGCACAGGCCCUAGCAUGCAAGUCCGAGAUGAAACCGCACGCUACAUCAGAAAGAAGAUUAAGGAGAAUCACUAUCCUGAAAAGAAUGAAAACCUUCAGUGUUGCUUAGAUGAACUUUUUCCUCAGCCUCAACGCCACUGAACUUGUUCUGUAGAUUGCAAAAGGGAUACCGUUGUUUGCCAUGGCUCUGUGCCUUGUUGAUUGCUUCAUAUUUAUUAUUGACUGCUGUUUAGUAGCAUAGGAUCCUUAGAUAGCCUUAGCAUCCUUUGCUUUUGUAACUGUGAAUGUGUAUUUGCUGAUGUGACUUCAGUGUAAGAAGAAUUAUCUUCAGUAGUGUUCCUGAUUAGUUCUUAUGGCGCAAGCUGUAUGUUAAGUGCUACAUUUUCAUCCAAGCUCGGCCACUAUAGCAUUUGCUUAUUUUCUUACUGUUUUGAUAUGUUACAUAUCUGCAGAAAUUUUCUGUCAACAUGUCAACUUGUCAUAGCCAGUUCCCACCAUACUUGCAUGACUGUACCAUACAUCUUUGAGGCCAGAGCCUAGCACAUGCUUCCUCUAAUCUGUAGGCAUCUUAUCACAUGUGUAAUCUGAUUGCCACAGAGUGUGAUUUUAAGCAUCUUGAAGUGCAUAGAAGUCAAGGCUAUGUACCCAACACUGACAUAUCCAGUCAUACAUGUAUGGGUGAGAUAAUAACAGGAUGAAGAGGGACACCACCAUAUUUUUCAGCUUCUAUUCUUGGUCAGGACCUUCUUAGAUCACUCUUGUUUGAGGAUGUCUACAUAAUACUUCUUUUUUUGUUCAAGACAUUCGGGAAACAGUCUACAUUCUAGUCCUUUAAAACUUGUUCUGUUGCAGUCUUUUUCCUACUUCUUGGUUUUCUGUCACUCUAUAGUGCAUCAGGAAUUUGCUCACCAACAGCAGUGUAAAUCGCUAGCUAAUUGGGAAGAGAAAUAGACUGGUGUUCAGUAUAACUCUAUAGCUCAUUCCUUUCAAGAGGGGAUAAGCCAGUUAUAUUGCAGUUCAGACAGUACUGAUAGUCUGGUUUCUAGAGAACUGCUUUUAUUCCUCCUUGCUUCAAAAAUUCCCAGUAUGUUACUUCAUGUGUGGUGUUUGACUACUUAAUCCAUAGAGAACUGUUUGCCUUAAAGUGUGAAAUGCUGAAGGAUGCACUGUUAGUGUAUGCUGCUAUUCUAUAUAGAAACACAAGUUGCUUUAAGUAUGGCAUGCUUGAGCUUAUGUCAUUUUCAAGACAAUAAAGCCUUUUCUUAAUAUA